AUGCAGCAUAAAUAGAUAAAAACAACUACAUCAUAAAAUAUAAGGUAAAAGCUAGGUCUAAAAGACACUUUAACAAAUAUUAAUUAAAUCUACAGUCAACCUCAUUCAUCAAAAGGAACAGAAAUCAGAAAAAAGGAAGUAAAUUCUUAUUUAUUUAGAAUGUAUAAGAUUGCAAUACUAUGAAGAAUAAAUUAUUUAACAUGUUGGGAUCAAAUUAUAAUUCAAAUAAAGCAUUCUCCAUAUCCCCUACUAAUUCCCUUAAACAGAACUAUUUUGUUUCGACAUCAACUCAAUAGAAUUCAAAAUAACUUCUACAAAAACAAAAUCACACUCUUGAUUGCCAUACUUCAGUUGUUUAAAAUCUAAUAGGAAAUUCAGUUAAGAAUGUAUAGUCAUAACCAUCAAUGAAUUUAUUUGAAAAAUAUACCACCUUCUUAGAGAAUCAAAAUUUUGAAAACCCUAAACCUUCAGUUAAUCAAGCAAAAAAAGUUGGAAUUGCUAAACCUAAUUCUUCUCAAUCUAGAAAUCAUAAAACUGAUAGAACUUCAUUAAUUGCAUUAUUUGAGAAAUUGCAUGAAAAAGAUAGUUCUAAUAAACAUCGUAAAUAAACAUCUUAAAAUUCUAAUUAUGUUUUUAAUACCUAAAAAUAAUAACCAUAAGAAUGUUUUUACACAGAAUUAAAGUUUCGACAAAAAAUUAAAGGAUCAUUAUCCAAUAAUUCCUCUGGUUAACUUUGUUCUCAUCUUAAUCCUAAUUCUUCAUCAACCUAAAUAUAACAAAACCAGUAAAAUAACAUAGAUGAUAAUUUACAAUCAUUAGCUGAAAGAAUGUCAUAAAUUUUAAAUAAUUAUCAUUAAAAAUUGAAACAAGUGGACUUUGAAAAAGAAGUGUUAAUAUAAGAAAUUCAAUAUUGGAAAUCUAAAUAUUAAAAAUGUUAAUAAAAAUCAUCAAUUUCUUGA